AUGCACGUGAAGAUUCACACUCGCGAGACGCCGUUGAUCUGCCGUCAGUGUGGAAAUACUUUCAAAUGUAACUCGAGCUUUAAGUUGCACAUGCAGAUUCACUCUCAUGAGAAGCCUUUUACCUGCAUUCAGUGUGGAAAGAGUUUUUCUCAGAAAGCACAGCUUAAGAUUCACAGCGUAGUUCACACUGGAGAAAGGCCUUUCUUGUGUCAGCACUGCGGGAAGAGCUUCAAACGGAGAGCGAACCUGAACGUUCACAUGCGGAUUCACACCGGAGAGAAGCCGUACAUGUGCCAUCAGUGUGGAAGGAGAUUCACUCAGAUCGUCGGCCUCAAAACCCAUCCGUGUUUGGGAUCCCCGUCGAUCCUGAAAGUGAAAUCUCAUGUGUGCUCUGAGUGUGGUAAAGCACUCUAG